GAAGACCUCCGCGUGGAUGGCCGUGGAUGUGAGGACUACCGAUGUGUCGAAGUGGAAACCGACGUGGUGUCCAACACCAGUGGGUCUGCCAGGGUCAAGCUGGGUCACACGGACAUCCUGGUGGGAGUGAAAGCAGAGAUGGGGACGCCGAAGCUGGAGAAGCCAAAUGAAGGUUACUUGGAGUUCUUUGUUGACUGCUCAGCCAAUGCUACCCCUGAAUUUGAAGGUCGAGGAGGUGAUGAACUUGGCACAGAGAUUGCUAACACCCUCUACCGGAUAUUCAGCAACAAGAGCAGCGUGGACCUGAAGUCCCUCUGCAUUAGUCCUCGGGAGCACUGCUGGGUCCUCUAUGUGGACGUGCUGCUGCUGGAAUGUGGUGGAAAUUUGUUUGAUGCCAUCUCCAUUGCUGUACAAUACAAGGAUUUUAAUUGUGCUUCUGCUUCCAGGAUACCAAGAGUUCGUGUCCUGGAGGAUGAAGAGGGGUCGAAGGACAUUGAACUGUCUGAUGACCCUUAUGACUGCAUCCGGCUAAGUGUGGAGAACGUCCCCUGCAUCGUCACCCUGUGCAAAAUUGGCUGUCGGCACGUGGUGGACGCGACUCUGCAGGAGGAGGCCUGCUCCUUGGCCAGCGUGCUGGUGUCCGUGACCAGCCAGGGCGUCGUGACGUGUAUGAGGAAAGUGGGGAAGGGCAGCCUGGACCCAGAGAGCAUCUUCGAGAUGAUGGAGACCAGCAAGCGCGUGGGCAAGGUGCUGCACACCUCGCUGCACAGCAUCCUGCACAAGGAGGAGAGCCUGGGGCCCAAGAGACAGAAGGUUGGAUUCCUGGGGUGAGCUGCACAUCAGCCCCCACUCCGGAGCUGGUUUCCACUUUUUUUGUUUAAGCCGAAGUUUGUAUAUAUUUUUUCUAAUUAUGAAUUUAAAGCAACAUUUGUACGUGUAAAAUUAAAGUUUAUUUUCUGGUC